UGCAUUCAUUUGACUUCUUGACUAAAAUUCUUUCUUGAUUUUGCUAUCCCAGAUGUCCUUUCCGGGAUAUGUUUUGCUUUUGUUAAGUUGCUGAUCGCAUGUUUAUAAUGGCCAUGAUCGUUUGUCAUUUUAACUGUUUGUUAUAUCUGAUUUUGUAUGAGAAGUGUUAAUGGAUGUAGGCUUGGAUUAUUGACUGAUUUUGUAAUGGAGGGGGAUGACGAAGUUGUGGGAUUUUUGCUAAAGUUCCAAUCGAUCUUGAAAAGUCAAGAUUUGUUGGAGAAGAGAGGCAUGGAUUUUGUUCAAUUCGUUCAUACCAGAAACUUGGAUACAGGAUUAUGCAAGUUUCGGACUUGGGAGUGAGGGAUCAAGUUGUGGUUAGUUCUAUACUUCGAAUUUGUUUGGAGAGGUAGAGGUAUUGGUUAUGUCAACCCUUUUAAUGGAGACUCCAGGCCAGGCCCCUGUGGAUUUCUUUAUUUUCUGUAAAUUUGCCUGAAUCUCUGGGUUUUACAAGUACCUUUUCCUCUUGAAUUCGGACAUGAGGGCAGUGUUACUUUCCCCCUGUUAGUGUAAGAGAAUAGAGAUUGUGGCAUCACUUUUGAACUAGAAGUCGGACCAUCUAGAUGCCAAUUUUGCUUUGCAAGAAGUAGCUGCACAUGAAAGAGAAUCCGUAGUUUUCAUUCUGAAAUCUGUCACACACACACAUUCAGAUACAAAAUGAUUAUGCCAGUAAAUGGUGUUUGUGAUCUUGGUUUGAAGCAUUGACUUGUGAUGUGAAUUGUCGACCACAGACUGGUAGAGAGUUGGUAUGAGAAAAUGAACCACCUGUCCUGCUUUGUUGCCUGUGUGCUCAUACUGAAAUGAGUGAUGUUAACCAAGAGCUUCGACUUGUUGGGAGGUAUAAUGUGAGAACAGAAUUACACCCCAACCAAGUUCACUAUUCUACAUUUUUUGUGUAUGUAUGUAUGUGUGUGUGUGUGUGUGUGUGUGUUGAAUUUAGGUACAAGAAUCAGCUUUGAUUGUAGGAUCUACAAAUUGACAAUAAUAAUUGGGAAAAGGGAAAUGAAAAUUUGACGAGAAUAACAGGGGGAAUGAAAAUGAAUACUCUAAACUUAAAACUUCCCUGCUGCAUUAACUUGCUACCUGUCUCUAAUCCUAGUAUGGAUCCAAACUUGGGAAUUGUGUUUCUUUGACUCCUGGUCGGCACUAGUGACAUGUGAUACGUACUAACUCCUAGUUUGGAAGUUAAUGCACCUGCAAUUCUUUAUUGAGAUUAUCUAAAUUCAUUGGGAAGUUAAGAGUACCGCUUGGAAGACAAAACUGUGGUCAGAAUAAGCAAGUAGACAACCAUAAUUCCCUUGAGGAUGAAGUUAGGAUGCCAGAGACGUCAUAACUAGACUUGAGCAUUAAGCACCAAGCUGAGGAUAGAGAUUUGGUUUCCUCUUGUGCAUUCUGGAUUAUACUUCAUAUUCAAAUAUAAGGAAAAAGCAUGCUUUGCCGCACCACCAUCACCUGAUGCAGGGAUAUGGAAAAGCAAAAUACCAAAACACGUCACUCAUGGCUAUUACCUGUUGAAGGGAAAAUCGAAUCGUCCCAUGGAAGAUUAUUUGGUUUCUGAGCUCAGGCGGUUAGACAAAAAUGAGUUGGGACUAUUUGCAAUAUUUGAUGGGCAUAUGGGAAAUGAUGUUCCAAAAUACUUGCAAUCCCACCUAUUUGACAAUAUUUUGAAAGAGCAUGACUUCUGGACUAAUACAGAAGAUGCAAUUAGAAGAGCCUAUCACAGAACCGAUAACAAUAUAUUAGAACAGUCAAAGAAAUUGGGGAGAGGUGGUUCAACUGCAGUGACUGCGAUCCUUAUUAAUUGUGAGAAGCUUGUAGUAGCAAAUGUUGGAGACUCUCGGGCAGUAAUACGCAAGAAAGGACUUGCCAAUCAACUAUCGGUUGAUCAUGAGCCAAGCAAGGAAAAGAAUAUUAUUGAGAGCAAGGGUGGCUUUGUAUCAAAUAUUCCUGGUGAUGUUCCUCGAGUUGAUGGACAGUUGGCAGUGGCUAGGGCUUUUGGAGACAAAAGCUUGAAGCAACAUCUUAGCUCUGAACCAGAUAUAAAAGUAGAGAUAAUUGACGAUGAUGUUGAAUUUGCUAUUUUGGCAAGUGAUGGAUUAUGGAAGGUAAUGUCAAAUCAAGAAGCUGUUGAUUUGAUCAAGGACAUAAAGGAUCCGAAUUCGGCAGCAAAACGUCUAACUGAGGAGGCCCUAUCUAGGAAAAGUAGAGAUGAUAUCUCUUGCAUAGUUGUGAGGUUUCAAUGAUUUCUAUUUCCUAAACAAAGUGAUGACUUAAAAGAGGUGAAAACGUAAUGUGUAACGCAAAACGCAAGUGUUCCAUUCAAAACACUAAUGUUUAUAGAUAAUAAUAAAACACCCCUUAAAACUAUUCCAUG